ACGGAAGCGCGAUUUUUGAAUCUGUCGCUGAGGUUGGUCACCGCCGCCGCUGCCCCAGCGUUGUCCGUAGGUCGGGAUUACUUCGUGGGGGCGAGGAAAUCAUUUCUGCACAUUUUCUUCAAGGGGGGGGGAAGCUGAUAAUUUUCGUUUUGGUUGUUGUAAACAAAAACUAAAAUGUCAUUCCAAAACUCUUCAAAUAAAAAAGAUGAAAAGGCCAAGAAUAUCCAGGUGGUUGUGCGAUGCCGGCCUCUCAGUUUAUCUGAACGCAAAGCAAACGCCUCCAGCGUGGUUGAUUGUGAUCCAGUCAGAAAAGAAGUUGCAGUGCGUAGCUCUGUGCCGGGGAAUGAAAAAGCUGCCAAAAAAUACACCUUUGACAUGGUCUUUGGACCAGCAGCAAAGCAAAUUGAUGUCUACAAAAGCGUGGUGUAUCCCAUCCUACAUGAAGUAAUCAUGGGGUAUAACUGUACUAUUUUUGCCUAUGGACAAACUGGUACUGGGAAGACCUUUACAAUGGAAGGCGAAAGAUCACAAAAUGAAGAAUUCACUUGGGAAGAGGAUCCUUUAGCGGGUGUUAUUCCACGUACACUGCAUCAGAUUUUCGAGAGACUGGCAGCUCAAGGUGCUGAGUUCUCUGUGAAAGUUUCUUUGUUGGAAAUCUACAACGAGGAGCUCUUUGACCUUCUGAAUCCUUCGUGUGACGUUGGCGACAGGCUGCAAAUGUUUGACGAUCCUCGUAAUAAGAGAGGAGUUAUAAUUAAAGGACUUGAAGAAAUUUCUGUCCAUAAUAAAGAUGAAGUUUACCAGAUUUUGGAGAAGGGAUCAGCAAGAAGAAAGACCGCGGCAACUCUGAUGAAUGCAUACUCGAGUCGUUCACAUUCGGUCUUUUCCAUCACAAUCCAUAUGAAGGAGAUGACCCUUGAUGGGGAAGAACUAGUAAAAAUUGGCAAACUGAAUUUAGUGGAUCUUGCCGGGAGUGAAAAUAUCGGCCGUUCUGGAGCUGUGGAUAAGAGAGCUCGUGAAGCUGGCAAUAUCAAUCAGUCGCUACUUACUCUGGGAAGAGUAAUCACAGCAUUGGUGGAGAGAACCCCUCACAUACCCUACAGAGAAUCGAAGCUUACCAGGAUUCUUCAGGACUCUCUUGGGGGACGAACUAAAACUUCAAUCAUUGCCACCAUUUCCCCAGCUUCCUUGAAUCUUGAAGAAACCUUGAGCACUCUGGAUUAUGCCUAUCGUGCAAAGAACAUUUUGAAUAAACCAGAAGUUAAUCAGAAACUUACCAAGAGGGCCUUGAUUAAGGAGUAUACGGAAGAGAUUGAGAGACUGAAGCGGGAUCUCACUGCAGCACGUGAUAAAAAUGGAGUGUUCAUGUCCGUAGAAAGCUACGAAUUUAUGCAGAGUAAAGGGACUGGUCUGGAAGAUCAGAUUAGCGACUAUGUUGUAAAGAUUGCUGCUAUUGAAGAGGAGCUGAAACAGGUUAACGAACUAUUUCUGGAUGGCAAGCAGGAGCUUGAACAUUGUGUGUCUGAACUGCAGCAACGAGAGCAGGUACUUCAGGAAACUUGGCAAGAUUUGGAGUUGACCAAGGGAAAGCUGUCUGAAGAGGAAUUUGUUCGUGAUGCCCAUGCUUGCACUGAGAAAAAGCUCUACAAUACAGCCAGUGAGUUGCUGCAGGUGGUUGAAGUGAGUACAAGUGACGUGUCUGGUCUUCACUCUAAGCUUGACCGUAAAGCAACUGUUGAAAUGCACAACCUCGAAGCUCGGGACCUGUUCUUGACGCAGAUGAAUAACUUGUUCACUGAAAUACAGAUGAAAACUGAUGAAACGCGUGUUCAGCAAUGGGGAAUGCUAGAUUUCUAUGCAAAGUCAAUAGGUGACCUUGUGGGUACCAAUGCCUCCACAUUGAGUUCUGCCAUGUCGUCAGUGGCUGCUGCAUACUCAUCAAUGAAGGAUGUGAUUUCAUCGGACGUAUCACAAGCUUUUCAGGACUUGCUAAAACAAGAGAGCAUGACAGAGCAGUCGCUACAUUGUGUGCAGAAAGCUCUGGCUUACCACAAGGGAGAAAUGGAGCAGAUGUUAAAGAGCAAAUUACAGCCCAUAGUUACCAGCAUGAUAGAUCUGAACAACUGCCUCAAACUGAACUUUGAAACCUAUUCAGGCAUGGCAGAGAAGAUGGAAGCUAUGAAAAUGGAUACAAAUGCAUUCUUUGGACAACACAGCAAAAGAUUGAAUAAAUUACAAGAAAGCACUUGCAAUGCUCUGGGUGUGAUUCAAAAUGACAAUGAGAAACUGAGGCAAAAUCUACAAAAAAUACAGCAAGAACAAGCGGAGGGUAUCUCAAAUUUACAGAGUCAGCUUGGUCUGUUCUUUCAUCAAAAUCAGAAGAAUUACGAUAGUCUUCUAACUCAGAAUGGAAAUGUACAGCACUCAUUGAAUAUGCUUCAGGAAGAUGUGCACUUUCAAUCUGCAGAAGUUAUGAAGGGCGCUACAUCUCACCAAGGGAACCUUGCCACCUCUUUAGACAGUUUUGCAAAUGAAAUCAGGAAUUCAUCCAAUGAGGGGAUAAAAACUGCAGAGAAGUUAAAUGAUGAAAGCCAACAGCUCGGCUCCAGCAUGCUGGUCCUUUGCCAGGAAAGCAGCCAGUGGUGUGAAUCAACAGAGGGCACUGUUGAUGUGCUCAGUCGAGAUCAAUUAUCAUUUUAUGACCUCAACAAGAGACAGCUGCGGAACGUUGAGCAGACUGUGAAUGAGAGUCAUGACCCCCUCGUUACCAAGAUCACAGAGCAAUUGAAAGGACAGUGUGAUGCAGAGGAAUUGUCACUCUCCGCCGUACUUGAACAAGUUAAUGAUGAUAAAACCGAAGUGACGCAACACCUUAACAACCUAAAUGAGCAAGCCCGGGCAGGACUGAAUAACGUCUUCAACUUUUUAAACGAAGAACUGCGACAGGACAUUCCCACAGGUACCACGCCACAGCGGAAAAAUUAUCCAUAUCCAAGCACGCUCUCCAGAACAGAGCCACGUGAUGUCUUGGUUGUUCUGCACAAUGAACUGCAGCAGGAAUUGCGGAGUUCUCUGCCUCCUGCCGUGUGUCUCCAAGAGGAAGCCAUUCCUGAGCAGAACAAUGUGGAAGAUGAACAAAUGAGCACAAGUAGUGACAGUUUGGCCAGUGAGAAGAGUACUGAGGAUUUCUGCCACUAUGGUGGUGCACCAUUCUUCCAGUUCAAGAAAAGCCACAAAAACGACAAGGAGAAUAAAAAUACUGCCAGUUUUGACCCGUCAAAGUCAAUUGAAGACAAUUCUGUCCCGGCGGCAGUAAAAUCUAAAUUACCAUUACGGGUACAUAAUUAAUAUUGCCAAACAGCUAUAAUUUCAAUUGCAUCUUCAAUAUCUGAAUUUCUUCCGUUCCUACAGUUUUUGCUGCCUAUCUAGUUUUUGAGUGCUUCAAAAUUCUAACUUUCAAAGAUUGUCAUUCAAUCAUUGCCUCUUCCUUGUACAUUUAAUCAUUUUAAACCUUUAUUUCAAACAGUGUACUUUAGUUUCCAUUAAUUGCUUAGAUAUGUUCUCUGUCACAAUACAACUACUGCUGGGUUAUCUAACUUUUGUACACUUUUUGGUUAAUUUUGUAUCUUAACCCUGAUCUGUGUUAAGUGUAUAUAUACUUGUUUCUCAUUAGCAAAAUAAAUAAAUGUUCCAUAAUGGUUUCAAACAAUCUUCUGUGUAAAUGUAGACAAUGUGCAAUGGAACUUCAUUUUAUAGAAAGUGUAUUUUUAAAGAGACAACAAAUAAAGUAAUAUGAUCACA